AUGCGUUACAUUGUUGAGUGCGACGGGGACACGCUGCUUGCGCGGUAUCUUGGCAUGUACCGCAUCACCGUGCACGAGAAGGAGACGUACAUGGUCGUGAUGAACUCCAUCCGGCCCGUUGGCAUCCCCACACACCGCCUGUACGACCUCAAGGGGUCGAAGGUCGACAGAAAAGCCAGCGACAAGGAACGUGCAAAGGACCUACCGUGUCUCAAGGACAUUGACUUUGAGGAAGCGCAGGAGCGGCUGUAUCUUGGCGGCGACACCGAAACAUUCAAGGAAACACUCAAGCGCGAUGUGCAGUUCCUUGAGAAGCACAAUCUCAUGGACUACAGUCUGCUCGUGGCCAUCCACGACUGCAACGAGCAGGUCGCUUUGUGUGAGAGAGUGUGUGUGUUUGUACGCCAUGCUGCGUUUCUGUAUCCUCACUCAUCCUCUCCGUGUCCUGCGGUGUGCUGCUCCGCCACCACCCGAAACAUGCAGACGCCUGGCGAGAUUGACCGGGAUGUCGAUGUGUAUCACGUUGGUCCACACGCCAAAGACCUGAAGGCGGACCCGAAGCGCCUCUACUUUAUCGGCAUCAUCGAUGUGCUCACCGUCUACAGCACCCGCAAACGCGCAGCGCACGCGGCGAAAACAGCGAAACACGGAGCGCGUGCGGAGAUCUCCACAGUGAAGCCUGACCAGUACGCAAAGCGACUGCUUGAAUUUGUGUCGUCCAUGUUGGCGUGA